AUGGCGCGUCUCUUGGUACCAAGUUGGUUCUUCUCUACACAAUCCAAGCGAUGCCUCAGGCCCCACUAUCGAAGCCAUCAUUCACGACAAACACUAUGCUGCUUCAUCGUUGUUACUCUUAACAAGGCUAUGCUACCCGCAAGAACAGUAACCUCUACGACACGACCCUCAUCUACGGGGACGACAGCAGAAGGCGCGACAACCACGUGGUUCUUGAAACUGGCCCUGCACAAGGAUGGAAACCUACAGGCCGUGCUUCGGUCACUCGGUGCACACCAGGCUAUCCCCACCCUCUGGAGAUGA